GACCACAAGGACAUUGUAAACUUGAUCCUUGCUAACCAUCCUCAGUGAGUUAAAGACAACCAGUGAAAUUAAACAUGAAGAUAAUUCUCUCCAUAUUCUUUGUUGCCUCAUUUCUUAUAAUCACUUCAUCUCUUGCUUCGGCUACUAUCUCAGGUGGUGGUGGUGGUGGUGCGGUAGCUCCAGCGCCGGAGAUCAAAGAUGGAGCAGAGUUAGAGAAAUGGUGUGGAGGGAAGUGUGAAGUGAGAUGCGAAGAAGCAGGGAUGAAGGAUAGAUGUUUGAAGUAUUGUGGGAUAUGCUGCAAAGAGUGUAAGUGUGUUCCUUCAGGAACUUAUGGGAACAAGCAUGAGUGUGCUUGCUAUCGUGACAAGCUCAGCAGCAAAAAGACUCCCAAGUGUCCUUGAUUAUACAUUUCGAUCUCCAUCCAAAUUUCUAAAUAAACAAAAAAGAAAGAUCCGGUGAACCAAAUAUAUAUGGAUCUUUUGCUUAUGAGUUUUUUUCCCUUCAAUUGUCCUUUGUAAUUCCCGGUGUUUUUUUCUUGAUAAGUUAUUCCCGGUGUUAAAUUGGUUUGAGUUAUUAUAAUGUGGAAUUAUAAACUUACCAAUCAA